CCGCGUACGUGCAAAUCGUGCAGACUGCCAAGGACGACUGUCGGUAGCCAGAAACGGGAGUUUCUCAUCGUUCACCGCGAACCCCCGGCUUGGGUAAAAUUCAUCCACCAGGGACACAUCUACCUUCUUCUCGAGUUGCGUCCAGUUUAUUUUAAGCGAUCGGAGCCUCCAGUAGCUGCAGCGGGAACGUCACAAACAGACGGACUGACGGGCGGAGCGGGGCUGUGUGUGUGAUGAGGAGGUCGCCUCGCCGCAAGGCUUUGCGUAACAUCCACAUACGAAGAAGGGGGCUUUUUUUUUUGUGGUGGCGACUGCUUUCAGUUUGGGUCUGCUCUCAGUAACAGUCUGCCUUUGCGAAGAAACACACAGCAGAGGUUUUAAAGCCACCAAAGGAGCUGAAGGGGAAAUUGCCGAGGCCUGUGCUGCAAGUGUGUGCAGACUUUUCUGUUCUUCAACAUGAAGGCACCACUUGGAAUAUCCAUGAGCUCCGAUUUCCCACACUACAGUUUCAAGAUGCCAAAUAUAGGGUUCCAGAACCUUCCUCUUAAUAUCUACAUUGUGGUCUUUGGGACAGCCAUCUUUGUCUUCAUCCUCAGCCUCCUCUUCUGCUGCUACCUGAUCAGGUUACGGCACCAGGCACACAAAGAGCUGUAUGCAUACAAACAAGUCAUUCAGAAGGAAAAAGUCAAAGAGCUAAACUUGCAUGAGAUAUGUGCGGUGUGCUUGGAGGAGUUCAAACAGAAAGAUGAGCUGGGGAUCUGUCCAUGCAAACAUGCCUUUCAUCGGAAGUGCCUCAUUAAGUGGCUGGAGGUGAGGAAAGUGUGCCCGCUGUGCAACAUGCCCGUCCUGCAGCUCGCCCAGCAGGCUGGCACCACAGAGCCACCCAUGCCCGUCCAGCAGCCCCUGCCUGGCGCCGAGAACCUGGUGUAGUGGAUGCUGAGCCCCUCUCGGAAAGCAGCCAGCGCACACACACAACAAACCACAUCCCAACACUCACACCUUAAACAGGUACCCUUUGGUGGGCGUGUGUGAACUGACACAAACUGGAAUAACUGAGCAGAAGCUCACAAAAACUGAGAGUCUGCGGUCGUCGUCACCUCUUUUUAUUUUUGCAUCGGUUACAAAAAGAAAAAAAAAGGAUUUCCUUUAUGUCAGCACCAAGUGGCUGAUAAUCAGCUGUUCUUUUUUAUUUUACUUUAUUUACUUCAUGGACAAUGAAUCUAGAAGAAGUUUCUUUUUGUUACUUUUUCACAACCAAAGCGCUUUUCUGGAGGGCACCAGCAAAAGACGAGGAAGAAGAAAACGCAAAAGCCAAGAACUUCACUACACUAAGAUAUAUAUAUUAUUAUUUUUUGUUCAUUUCGUUUAAAAAGCACUUUAUGAGAAGGCAAAAUCUUGAUUGCUUAGGCCUAAGGUCAUGUGUUAUAUUUUAUUUCUUCCUCUUUUCCCUGUAAAAAGCAGGUGAAGUGGUUUUAAAACAUUACAGAUCUACAUAAAUCUCAAAGGGACACCUCUGGAACAGUUUUGUCUGCUUCAAUGUGAAACGUUUGAUUGUGUUACCGUCGUCCAGACAUUAUUCUGACUAAUCCAGUUGUCUGCAAAAUUUAGAUUUCAAGUCAAAAAUAUGUGUUCCAAACCAAGAUCUUUGAGCUGUUUAAUAGAAGUAACUUUUCUAGUUUUUCAUUGCCCUUUUUUUCUGUAUUAAUGUAAUCAAGUUAAGAUUUCACAGUUGAAAGCAGGAGACUUUUAAGUAAAGCUAUGAAAGUCACUUCACAGAUCCUGCAACAGAGUUUAUUUUCUGGAACGCAACAGAAUGAAAAUGAAAUCUUCCCUCAAAAUGUUCUGUAGUGUCAGCUACUUCAUCUCUCUUGCCACAAAUGUGUAAAUCUAUUUAUUGUCACUUAUUUUCGCUCUUUUUUUAUUUCUCUUGUUUUUCCUCGGUACUGCUGCAUUUAGGAGCAUGAGUCAGUGAACUGGCGCUAGCACCACCAGUCCUGGCCUCAGAGUGUAAUCAGCAUAUCCUUUUAGUGGACACACAUACAUGCACAUAAGGGAGCAGCUGGAGCUGACCCUCCUUUCUCUCAGUGACACUGCCAUAGUCUGUGGUCAGCAGGUUGGAGUGAACCAGGGUUUUCAUUCAUGCAAACACACAUUGCAGUUUAUCCUUUUCUCCUGCUUUUUCUCUGCAGUCUUCUGGUGCUUUCGCCUCCCCCCUCCUUUCUAUAUCGGUACAACAUGCUUUUGUUUCGUGCCACACGUCCUUCAGCUCUGAGCCUUGCUUUUGUGGAUACGUUUUGUCUUCUGGUUAGCUGAAUUUGGUGAAUUAGUUGAAAGGCCUCGCUGUGAACCCCCCUCACACCCCUUCCUGGUAACAUUGGUGGGCUAAAAUAGCUCACUGAGGUUUGGUGAUGAAGUGUUUUGUGGCUUCGGUUUGGUAAUCAGCGGGAUUUAGAGAACAUAAUGAUAGUAUUUUUAACUGAUAGCCCUUACAGCAUGUUAUAAUCAACCAUAAGAUGAUGAUAAUGUGAAGUCAGAAGUUCGGCACCCGUCAGAGCUGAUAAUACUCACAUUGGACACCUACUGUCCCUUCAGUACAUCAAAUGAUACAUUCUGUAUCUUGUGGUCAUCUAUUAUUAGGCCAUUGCCACAGUUAUCUGCUUCUCAGAAAUUACUACUCAGUAACAUUUCAUUCCCACACACUUGCAAUUUAUGGUUAUGACCGAAUUAUCUCUUUUGCACGCCUAAGUAACUUGUGACCACAUAGUGAUACUUUUCCCACAAAUGUUACUGGGAACGCCGCUCAUUCCACAGCGACAGACCGAAGAUAAGUUUGAGACAGCCUGUGGUCUGACCCGUUUUAAUGAAAAUGAGAGCUAUUUGUCUACAAAAGGAGCUUUUCAUCAUAAAUAACACUGGACUAUAUCUGCAUGCUUUUGCAGUAGUCUUCAUGUCCCAUUAUCUUUUCAACAAAUAAAAAUCUGAAAAGUGAGUUUGCAUUUGUAUUCAGCCCCACCAGUCAUUCAUAGUCACUUUUCUCUGCAGCUGUAUGUCUUUGUGAAUCUAUUUAAACCUCAAUUUUGCUGAUGAAUCUGCUUUGAUCUAAACCACAGGUGUCAAGCUCAAGACUUGCUGGCCAAAUCCGGGAAUCUGUACUCUCGAUCAUCACAUAAAUUGAACUUUAACAUAACAGUUGAGUGCUUAAACAUUGUUUCAUCAGUCAAAUCAAAUCAGUUUUCAUUUGAAUAUGAAAUUAAGUCAAUGUAAAAAUUGUUACAUUAUAGGCAGUACUAAUCAGCUGUAAUAUUUUGUUUAAUGGGUAGUUUUACAUUCUGCCACAGCUUUGAGUUGUCCUUUUGAGGACAUUCAUAAUCUUGAUGCGGCCCAAAAACAAAAUGAGUUUGCCAGCCCUGAUCUAACAUUAUUUCAUACUACCAGAAAAAAGGGGGAUGAAUAUAAAUGCAUACCACACUUUUCUAGACUCGUCUUCUACUUUGCGUCGGUCUAUCUCAUGAGAUCCCAGUCAAACUUGUCAAAAAUUUUGCUUUUGAUCUUCGAAGGGCAUGAAUACUUUGGCAAGUUUCCAUCAGUGACAUCAGACAUCGUUCUGAAUCGCCAGAUAUCCCUCUCACAAGUCACUGAUUGUGUCUCCAACACCGUCUUGGUCCUAUUAUCUUUUCGAUUUUCUUUUUGCAUCCUCGCCACAAAGCAAUGAUCUCAACAAAGUGUCUCUGGCUUUCAGUUAGAAAAGCAUUGCUACUCUGACGAAUGUUUCAUCGCCACCGAAUGUCAUACUCUGGCGUUAACACAACACGGAACAAUUAACACUGAAAUUUACUGAGAAUCUUUGCACCCAUUUUAGCCUUAGUUGAACAAAGAGACGGAUGUAUUUUAUUACAUCUAUGUACAAAACGACUGCGAUGCCUUUCUUCUAGCUUGGUGUGUGAUGUGUUUUGGCCAUGAAGAGGCUGGGACUGUUAAUGUUGCAGCAUGAGGGAGCAGAUCUUCCAUUUUACCGCCAUUCAUACAACCUGGCUUUCUUCCAUUUUAACAACUCAAGUCUUAAAGCUUUGUUUACUGAUCUGCCUGUGUACCUCACGUUAGAAGGAAAUGUUUACUGUGAAUGCAUGCUGCUUUGCAAACAUUUUCUCUCACCCUUUGCUCAAUGUAAGACGAUAUUGUUACAGGAUGAAUUUCCACUCGAGUCUUUCAUUUCAACCCCACGGCAGCUAGCGCUUGCUGCCAUUUGUCCACCUUUGUCGUUGGUUAUUAGACAUUCUUUUUCCCCCACACAAGCUUCCCUGUUUUCCUCCCGCCCGCCGUCCUGAUAGUGCCAACCAGACAUGAAAUGUUAGGAAUUAAAGAGAGUGUGUGUGACGACAGAGGGAGAAAAAAAAAUGGGGAUGAAGAGCGCAGUAAGAAAUGUCUUCCCACCGCUGAAAUCAUCCCUGACGUCAGCGUUGCCUUAGACUGAGCAGUUAUAAAUAGACACCCAGUCAGGAGCACCGUUGGACAUGAAUAAUUUACUGAUAACCACAGAAGAAAAAGGGAGUUAUUGAUCAUAACACCGUUUUAUGCCAGGUAGUGUUCAUUUUGACAGGAAAAAAAAAGAAGGAAACCCAAUGAAACUUUCUUUGCUGCUUGAAUCUCUUCAUGUUUUCCAUGGUUGGUUUUAGCAACCAGACCAUUUAGGGUUUAAAUCUCUUAUCACUGCCUUGUUGAAGUGAACCUGUGUUGUUUGUAUUGUGUAUUUAUUCCUCUGUAGCUCUUACAAACUCACAAAUAACUUCCUCCUCCCUUUUGUCUAAACAAGCCGUUUUACCUUGAAUUCUCCUCACUUUUCCCUGUUUUUUUUUUUAACACUGAUUAUGUUUGUGAAGUCUCACAGACAUUGUUUGUAAAACUAAGAAUUCUGCAGCAGAAUAUUUUUGGAGACUAUAUGCUGUACAGUAUUUGUAAGCUCUAUUUUUGUAUAUUGCUCUUUUGGGGAAAAACUAAAAUGAGUUUUGUUUUUUUUUUCUUUUUGCUAAUUUCAUGUUUAUUCAUUUAAAGAAAAUGUUGCAUGUGACUGACUUGAACUGUAAAUAAAAUUUCCAGGUUUUGGAAAGAA